AUGAAUACAGAUACUGGAGCUAAUCUUAAUACCAGUUUGAUGCAUGAAAUAUGUGAGAAGUUCAAAUUUAUUCACCGCAAUUACACUCCUUAUCGACCUCAGAUGAAUGGAGCAGUUGAGGUAGCCAACAAAAAUAUCAACAGGAUAUUGCGGAAAAUUAUUGAUAACUACAAGCAUUGGCAUGAGAAUUGGCCAUUUGCCCUUCUUGGCUACCGCACCAUGAUAAGGAUUUCGAUUGGGGAAACCCCUUAUCUUUUGGUUUAUGGAACAGAAGCAGUGUUACCAAUGGAAGUUGAGAUACCAUCUUUGAGGAUCAUCCAAGAAGCUGAGUUAAGUAAUGCCAAGUGGACGCAUAUUUGGGAUGAACAAUUGAUGCUCAUUGAUGAAAAGAGAAUGAAUGCAGUUUGUUACAAGCAACUUUAUCAAUAUAGGAUGACCAACGUUUUCAACAAGAGAGUAAGAUUGAGACAGUUUGAACCGGGACAAUUGGUGUUGAAGUGA